AUGGAGAAUGUGACAGGUGGUUUGCAGGACAACUCCAGUCAGUGCGAGUCCAUCGAUGACUUCCGUAACCAGGUCUACUCAACAGCAUACUCCCUCAUCACAGUUCUAGGCCUGGUUGGGAAUGGCUUUGCCCUGGUGGUGCUUAUCAGAACGUAUCGCCAGAGCUCACCCUUUCACGUCUACAUGCUGAACCUGGCUGUGUCUGAUCUGCUGUGCGUUAUGACGCUGCCGCUGCGAGUUCUCUACUAUGUCAGAAAGGGAGACUGGCACGAGGGGGACUUUCUCUGUCGUAUCAGCUCUUACGCCCUCUAUGUAAACCUCUACUGUAGUAUUUACUUCAUGGCAGCUAUGUCUUUCACGCGUUUCUUGGCUAUUGUUUUCCCUGUGCAGAACCUGCGGCUGGUGACAGAGAACCGUGCACGCCUUGUUUGUGGUGCUAUCUGGGUAGUGAUCUGUCUUUUAUCUUCACCCUUCCUGAUAUCUGGCCAGAAGUUUGAUCCGAUAACGAAUAAAACCAAAUGCUUCGAGCCACCUCCACCCGGGAAAAGCUUGAAAAAACUAAUUGCGCUGAACUAUGUGUCGCUGAUGGUGGGCUUUGUCCUGCCCUUUCUGGUCAUCAUACUUUGCUACGCUGGCAUAGUCCGAACCCUGCUUUCCCGCACCCAUGCUGCCCGCCGUCAGCGGGGCACAGGCACCAGAGCCAUCCGGAUGAUUGUCAUUGUCCUGCUGACCUUUCUGGUCAGCUUCAUGCCUUACCACGUGCAGCGCACCGUGCACCUGAACUUUCUGUCUCGGGGAGACACUACCCACUGCGAGAACGUUUCCAUGCAGAAGUUGGUGGUGGUGACGCUGUGCCUGGCUGCUGCCAACUCCUGUUUUGAUCCGCUGCUUUACUUCUUCUCUGGGGAGGGUUUCCGCAGCCGGCUGUCCUCGCUGCGCCAAUCCAUGAAGGCAAGCACCAUGCAACGCACAGACAGGCGAAAGCCCAUCACAGCUUCAGAGUCAGGGGAAAACCAACAGCUGAAGACCGGUUAAAUGGCACCAUGAAGACAAGUUGUCAACAAGAACAUUUUAUCAGGCUUAGAAUGAGUAGCGCUCUCACGCCAACAAAAGACAGAAGUUUAAAAAUGUUGACAGUUUUAAGUAUUUAAACAGACUGUCUCCAGAGGAUCAUCCUCACGUAAGUUGAUAUUUAUCAUCUCAAAGUAUUUGUUAAAUAUUUAAGUGAUGUUAUGUAUUUUCAGUAUAAUGUAGCCUGUCGUGAUCUAAAGGUUGUGGUGUAAAUGCAAAUAUAUAUGUUAUGUCACUGCAUGAAUGUAUUUAUAUGAUGGUGUAGUAGGCUAUGACUUUUUAUUGAAGGUUCAAGAAGGUCAAGGUUCGAACUUUGUAACUUGCAUAUGAAGGGUUAAUCUCUGCCUCAUGGUGAAUACUGUAGAAAGAGCAGUGUGGUAAAGACUGUGGGUAUUUAUUUUCCUUUAUAAUUAUUCUACUCUAUGCUGUCGCUUUUAUUUUUCACAUUUCUUUGUGGAAACAUUACUUUGAUUUCUGUUUUUUCAGUACGAGUUAUCAUCAUUUCCUGUCUUAGUUUAUGUGUUUUGGUUUACUCUGAGAUUUCUACACAUUUUAGACAUUAUUUUUCUUUUCUUUUUUUUUAAUGUAUGAAUAGUAAUAAAUAUUUCACAUUUUUACAGGAAGGUUUGUGGAUUUAGAGGGUACCUCUAAAGCAAUAGUUGACAUUUUGGGAGAUUGGGGAGAACGUACCCAUGUGAAACUGAAGCCACAUGACUGGAAGAGGGACUAAAUAGCUUGCAUGUUGCUCUCCACAGGUAACACAUCCACCUACAGGUGUCUGUAAGGCUCACUACUCAGUGCACAUAUUUAAUCCCUCGAAUGUUUACAGCUUUGGCUUUAUGCUGAAUUAAACCUCACUUUCACAAAGCAACAUGAGAAUGGUGCCACUCUUUUUACUACCUGACAUUAGCAAAAAUAAGCAACAUUUAUUACCCAAAAUGUCGAACUAUUCCUUUAAACACAUGGAAAUAUGUUGCUGUAUUCAAGCAAAUUUUCAAGCCAUGUAUAAU